UUCUGUUUUCUCUUUCUUUCUUCUCACUGUCUGUUGGAGCUAAGGCCCAAUCCCAGAGGGAAAGGGGGAAACCAAAUUAAACAAAAACUAAUUUCUCUUACAUUUUAUUUUUUAUUUUUAUAUUUUAUUAAUUUUCUCUGACUGAAGCUACUAAUAUGAGAAGAGCGCUCCUCUCAUGCCACUACCGGUUAUGAAUCCCAACGUGGAGCCACCACUUCCUGGGUUAGCACCGCCGCCACAACCGUCUCAGCCUCACCGUCCUUCUACCUCCUGUGACCGCCAUCCUCAAGAACAUUUUACUGGCUUUUGCCCCUCAUGCCUCUACGAACGUCUCGCUGUUCUCGAGCCUUCUUCUUCUUCUGCUUCUUCUUCUUCUCGGAAACCUCCCAUCGCCGCCAGUACUUCAACCGCCACCGCUGCACUUAAAGCCAUUUUCAAGCCUUCCGGAGGAGGUGGUACACAAUCCGGGUUUUUUCCCGAGCUCCGGCGAACAAAGUCCUUUUCGGCCUCGAAAAACGAGGGUUUCUCUGGUGUUUUUGAGCCCCAGAGAAAAUCUUGUGACGUUAGGGCUCGAAACACCCUUUGGUCACUCUUUCAUCAAGAAGCAACUGCAAACGGGAGGUCUUCUGAAGUUGCUGAAGCUGAAGCUCGAAAUUUGGCUUCUUCGACUGUUGGUCAAGGUCCUGUUUUUGAAAGUAAAGAAGAAGACCAAACUGAGACUGAAACCGAUCACAAUGACGACAUAGUGAUCGUAGAAGAACAACCGCCCAAUGUGGCUGCUCCUGCUACGAAUUUGAUAGAAGAGAAAGUUGAAGAAAUUGUGGAAGAAUACGAAAAGGAACUGUGCCAAGAAGAGGAGCUGAAGCCCAUGAAGGAUCAUAUAGAUCUUGAUUCGCAAACAAAGAACGCUUCUGGACGAGAUCUCAAAGAGAUUGCUGGGAGUUUCUGGUCGGCUGCUUCAGUCUUCAGCAAGAAAUUACAAAAAUGGAGGCAAAAACAAAAACUUAAAAAGAGGGGAAAUGGAUGUGGGUCAGCGAGAUUGCCAGUGGAGAAGCCCAUAGGGAGACAAUACAGAGAAACCCAGUCAGAAAUUGCGGAUUAUGGGUUCGGGAGAAGGUCUUGUGAUACAGACCCAAGGUUUUCCCUUGAUGCUGGGAGGAUGUCAUUUGAUGCACCAAGGAUGUCUUUUGAUGCAGCAAGAAUGUCAUGUGAUGAUCCCAGAUAUUCUUUUGAUGAACCAAGAGCUUCCUGCGAUGGAUAUCUGAUGGGGAGAAUGUUCCCAAGAAUGCCCACAAUGGUUUCCGUUGCGGAAGAUGCUCCAGUUCAUCAUGUUAUGAGGUCUGAUACUCAGAUCCCUGUGGAGGACCCGACGGCUAUGAAUUAUGUUACUGAGGAGGAUGAAUCGCUUCCUGGAGGGUCAGCUCAAACAAGGGAUUAUUAUUCUGAUUCUAGGAGAAGAAAAAGCCUUGACAGGUCCAGUUCUAGUAGGAAGACUGCUGCAGCUAUAGUGGCUGAAAUGGAAGAAAUGAGGUCGGCUUCUAGUACAAAGGUUUCCCCUGCAGCUGUUGAUUACACCCAUGGACCUAAACCUGUCAUGCCUGAUAGGGAUUCCAGGGAUUCAAAUUCUUUGAGGGAUGAUUAUUCUGACACUUUUGAGAUUGGCUUCAAAGAUAAUGCAUCUGUGAUUGGGAAUGGGGAACAGAAAGAGUCAUCUAAGAAGUCGCGGAGGUGGAGUAAAGCUUGGAACAUUUGGGGCUUUAUUAACAGGAAGAGUGUUAACAAAGAUGAGGAUGAAGAUAGGUAUUCUAGAGCUAACGGUGUGGAGAGGUCAUAUUCAGAAUCUUGGCCUGAGUUGAGAGGGGAAAGGAAUGGAGAUGUGAGAGGAGGUUUUAAUCCAAAGGUAAUGAGGAGCAAUAGCAGCGUAAGCUGGAGGAAUUCUAGCAGUUUCGGUGCAGGAUCAUUUAGUGGUGCAAGGAAGAACUAUGUUGAGUCAAAUGGGCAUAGCAAGAAGAAAAAAGAUGAUUUUGUGUUGGAAAGGAACAGGAGUGCAAGAUAUUCACCAAAUCACUUUGAUAAUGGACUGUUAAGGUUCUACAUGGCACCGAUGAGCGCCAGCCGGAGAGUUGGGUCAGGCAAAACCAGGGCAAGCAAUGCACAUUCUAUUGCAAGGACCUUACUAAGGUUGUACUGAAUUUUAGAUUCAUAAGUUGUUUUUCUUUGGUUUAAUGUUAAUUUUGCUGCACUUGUUAUGUAACCAAACAUGCCUCUGUAUUUUGGUGGUUGGUUAGAUUAAAACAAAAGCAUUUCUUGAACAUUUUUUGCCUUCACUGUUGAAAUAACAAUAUGUUUUCUUGUUUCUAGUCA